AUGGCACCCUCAUCGAACGCACAAGAUCACGGCCAGUCGGAUUCUCAACCGCCGACGGUCGCUGCUUUCUCCCCAUCGACGAUUACCGGCUCGGCUCUGACCUCGCGCCAGCGCUCCAGUGUCGUUGUGCAUCGCAAAUCACCUCUCCUAGUGGCCACACCACCAGCUAUCACUCGAGCCCUAGCCUACUCGCACCCGUUCCUACUUCCUCUAAAUAAACUUGCUGGUCUUCUAACAUGGACUUCUGGAGACCCGUGGCAGAGCUUCCUGCUGGUGGCCACCUUUUGGUCCAUAGUGCUAUAUAGCGAUGCCAUCAUUCUUCGUGCAGGACCGAUCCUGGUCGUAGUCGCGUUGAUCCUCGGCAUGUAUGGACGCCGUUUUUCGCCUCUGUCAUCAACUACAUCAACAGGUGAAAAGCACAAGACCAAAGUUGCCCCAGAUAGCUCACUACGUCAUCAAAAGAGUCUUGAUGAAAUUGUUGAGACACUUCGCAUCUUCACAAUCAGAUGCAAUAUUCUCCUCGAGCCUCUGCUUGAUCUCACGGAUUUCCUAUCAACGCAGCGUACGCCUACGUCGGCGACCACCAAACCUGCGCUGACAGCUCUGUUCAUCCGCAUCCUUUUAGUUACUCCUGUCUGGAUCGGUCUAACUCUCCCUCCAUUCUACAUAAUCACCACACGCCGGGUCGUCAUGGCCGUCGGCACCAUCUUUCUGACUUAUCAUUCUCGGCCCGCUAGAGUCUCGCGUGUCAUUCUGUGGCGGUCUCGAGCCGUGCGUCGCCUAUGUGCCGCAGCCACGGGACUCUCUGUCGCCGAUGCCCCGAGCAGUCCACAAAAGGCCCCGGCCCAAGCCCAGGGCGAAAAGCAAGGCUUAAAUAUUACAACUCGGCGGCGCAGAAACAACGCGGGUGUGCGGUUCACGUUUGUUGUCUAUGAGAAUCAGCGCCGUUGGCUGGGUAUCGGGUGGACUUACUCAUUGUUCCCGGCAGAACGUGCUCCCUGGACCGACGAGCAUAUGAACGAGGUGAAUCCCAAAGAUUCAUUCGAGUUGCCAGACGUUCAAACCGGAGAUGCCAAAUGGCGCUGGGUGGAUGGAAGUGAAUGGCGCAUCGAAGGAGCGGACAACUUCAGUGGGAAAUCAGACUCGAAGGGGUCAAUCGGCGAAGGAUGGAUUUACUAUGAUAAUAAGUGGAAUGAUGGUCGCCGCGGUCAAGAUGGAUGGGAUCGCUAUACCCGUCGACGCAAGUGGUACCGUGACGCUGAAUUAGCGGACCUCUCACCUCAACUCACCCAGAAUGGCUCUGGAGAAACCAUUUCCGGAAUCACGCUAGCCCUUGAAAAACAAAAAGAACAAGAGAGCGACGACAGCGCCGAUUCACAAAGCAUUGCGCCAUUCACCCCCUCCAAAUCCAAUCGUCGGCGAUGGUUCAUCAGUACCAACAAGGAACAGACCUCCCCUGGUGGGUUGUCUGCUGAUACUGGACGUGCAACGGGCUCAAAUGCAUCUAAAGUAGUCAACAAAGCAGACGCUUCGCGACCCAUCAAUAUCAAAAUUUCCCGCAAGCCGUCUUACAUUCGCGAAGGAAGUGUGGCCACUAGUGACAGCGCCAGUUUGCGCGAGAAGGAGAUUGCGAACUCGCAAGACCAUCUCGAUCAGUGGUCAACUCGAGCUGCGGGCGGGACAGAAAGAGCGGAAAGGGAAUGGGGGCUCAGCGAUGAGGUGAACAUGGGGCUGAGUUGA